UUGAUUCAAAUUAAUGCAGUCGCUCAGUUUGACAUACUAUACAUUCAGACGAUCGUGUCCGGUGGUCGACACGGCGAAUUAUGCUUAUGGGACAUACGCAAAUGCCAACUGCGUGAAACGAUGAAAGCAUUCGAGUCAGAUGUGGUCGUGAACGCUUUAGUUACUGACCCCACGCAAAACUUCAUUGUAGCGGGUUCUAUUACUGAUCCCACGCAAAAUUUCAUUGUAGCGGGUUCUAGUGACGGCAUCAUAAAGAUAUGGUCCGCUGAUGUGAACUUGCAGUUAAUACACUGCUUUUUCAGCGAACACGCUGCAAAAAGUGGAUUCUCUUUUAGACAAGGUUCGUUAGUAAUCAGAAAUGAAAGUUUCCUGUGCAAGACUCUUUGCAAGAAGAAGCUUGUGGUUUUAGUUGCGCAGUCGACGAUGCAAGGUGUACAACAGCUAUAUAUUGACCAAGAACUUCGACUUUAUUCUUGUGGUGCAGACGGGUGUCUAAAGUUCCGAGCUCUCCACCAGUAUAUCACAUGA